AUGUUUGCUGUCUCUAAUCUGAACCGCAAGUGCACCAUCGACUACAGCAUCGUGCUCAUCUCCCCAGAAACCCUCACGCCAGAGGCAACGCUUUCUGUCGUGGACCCCGGCACCCAGGAAUCAAUCAUCAUCCCCGUCGGCUGCAAGUGGGCCCAGCCCAGGCCCGGCGUGCACGUGUGCGAGGCCAAGGGCGAUUUCCCCACCACCAUAGACACCACCUUCUCAACCACCUCUCUUGCGCCUGCCACCGCGGCUCGGAGUGCCGCUGCCAGCAUGCGCGCUGCAGCCCUGCCAGGGUCGGCGGUGGACUUGGAGUUUAAGGUGACGGUCGCCUCUGGCAUGAUGCAAGAGUCCCAAGGCACGCUGCGCUACUCGCUGUGA